AUGGCGCCCUUCGAGGUUGCCACGCCGCCCGCGACCCCGCGCGCGGGGAAGUCGGCGGAGCCGCCGACGCCCCCGACGACGGCGGCGGCGUCGGCGGUGGAGAGCGCGGCCAGCUCGGCUGCGCCCACGCCGCAGCCAGAGACGGCGCAGGAGACGGCCUCGCCGCCGCCAGAGACGGCGCAGGAGACGGCCACGGAGUCGACCCGCGCCGUGUGCACGGACGUGGAGUUGCUGACCAAGGUGCUGCGCCCUGUCAUGACGAAACCAGAUUUCGUGGUGUGCAAGAGCGACCACUCCUCCUUCCCUGUGUCCAGCGACCAGGCGCCCUUAAGUGCCGACGCUGCGGUGCUCGUCGCGCAGUCGAUCAGGCAGCAGGCAGCGCCGAACUUGAGCGUCGGCAAGGUCGCGUGCGAGAACGCGAUCGAGUUCUUGGUCACCGAGAAGGCGAAGACAGGAAAGCCGCCCUGGAGUUUGUUCGAGGGCGAUUCCAAGAAGCGCUACGUGAGGGACAUGACGGCUAGGGUGCGCACGCUGUGCAUGCACGCGGGGUCCUUCUACCGCCGCAAGCUCGGCCCCCCUCAGUGGUGCAAGGCCGGCGAGCCCGAGGGCACGGGGGCCGCGAAGAAGAGGCCCGCCGCGGCCAAGCCUGCAGGUGACAGCGCAGGUUCCGAGGUGCAGUACGUCUACACAUUCGACGAGAACAAGAACUCGGCAGUGCGCAUCCAACCGAGCACGCGGCGGGUGGAGCUUUGCGACAGCUCGCGGUCAUCCGACCAGGGCGGAUUCACGGUUGCCACGUGGGCCGAUGGGAAGGAGUGGCGCUACCCAGAGGCGCUGCAUCAGCAGAAGGAGAAGCCGAAGAGCGCCAAGAGUGGGCUUCCUUCCAAAUACUUACCUGACGGCUCAAAGGUCUACGUCGAGCUGAAGAGAGAUCGGGGUCCGAACCACGAGCUCAUCCUCAUCAUGCGCAAGCCCAAGGACGGCACCAAGGAGCAGCAGACGCAGGCGACCACCAGGCACUUCGACAACGAGGAGCAUGGCGUCAAGGUGAUGACCGAGCGGAUCUUAGAGAUGUUCGUCCGCGACCCGAAAACUACGAAGCAGCAGGCGAUGGCGGCGAAGAUGGACCUCCUCAAGGAGAUCGAGAAGACUGUCGAAGCGAUCUGCCAGAAGGAGGCCGAGAAGUUGGCCAAGCCGGAGGCCGAUGCGGCGGCGGCGCCCAAGCGGGGCGCUGCAGCUCGCAAGAGGCCCGCCGCCGCUAAGCCCGCCAACGAGGAGGCGGCGGCCUCCGGCGCCGAGGCGGCGUCGGGCAACGACAUGGGCGAGAACGCCGAGGCGGCUUCGGACGGGGAGGUCUACACGGCAGGAGAGGGGGAGGCAGACGCUGCUGCAGGAGGCGCGCCGUCCACUCCCGAGCAGAAGGGCAAGGGCAAGAAGCGCGCCGCACCAGGCACUAUCUCGACUUCGAAGGUCCCCAUCCAGCGCAUCGGCAUCGAGAAGGGCAUCGCGGGCGCCAAGGCUUCCAAGUCCGCGCAGGGCACCUCCCCGCAGACGGCCAUCAAGGGGCCGACGGGCACGCUCAUGGGGGACGCGCGCAAGCAGCUGGCGGAGGAUGACUCGUCGGACGGUGCCGAGUAG